CGCCCCGUUAAUAACAUCCACGUGGCCACUUUCUAGGAACCUCUCUGUAGAACCUCCCUUGGACAAAUGAUUCACAGGUGUCCUCGUUAUCAAUCAAAAGGGACCACGACCGGUCCACCAGACAGCCCAACGUUUCAUACGUCUUCGCCCUAUUUAAUAGUUUUUAUUUAUUUAUUUUUAUUUUAUUAUUAUUGCUCUUCACUGCCGCCCCGUUUUAUAAAUUCUUAACAUUCCAGAGGGAAUUGUUUUUCAUUUUCUGCAGGUCUUCUGGUUUCGUGUUAGAUCAAAGGGGCUACAGAGUUUGCAACCAUGAAUGUGUUCUCCUUCUACCAGAGAGCUUCUCGAGCUUUUCAUGACUACCCGUCGCUUUCUAAGCUGAUUGUUAUCUUCACAGUCAGUAGUGGUGGUCUUGUGGCUUAUUCUGAUUCAAAAUCAUAUCAUGGUGCAAAUAAUGUUAAUUCAUCUCAAAUGGAUUUUAAGAAGAAGAGAGUGGUGGUACUUGGAACUGGUUGGGCUGGGACGAGUUUCUUGAAAAAUCUUGAUAGUUCCUUGUACGAUGUUCAGGUGGUGUCACAACGUAACUAUUUCGCAUUUACCCCUUUGUUGCCAAGUGUUACAUGUGGGACUGUGGAAGCACGCAGCAUUGUUGAACCAAUCCGUAACAUUAUUGGGAAGAAAAAGGAAGAAAUUCGAUUUUGGGAAGCUGAGUGUACCAGGAUUGAUGAAUCAAAUAAGAAGGUUCAUUGUCGGUCUGUUCAAGAGGUGGGUUCAGAUGGGAAAGAAGAAUUUGUUGUGGACUAUGACUACCUGGUGAUAGCCAUUGGAGCUCGUGUCAACACCUUCAACACACCUGGUGUCGAGGAGAAUUGCCAUUUCUUGAAGGAAGUGGAAGAUGCUCAAAGGAUCCGUAGAAGUGUGAUUGAUUGUUUUGAAAGUGCCAGCCUUCCUAUCCUAAGUGAAGAAGAGAGGAAGAAAGUUCUACAUUUUGUAGUUGUUGGAGGUGGUCCAACUGGUGUGGAGUUUGCUGCUGAGCUUCAUGACUUUGUGAAUGAAGAUUUAGUUAAAUUGUACCCCAAGGUCAAGGACCUCGUAAAAAUAACACUUUUUGAGGCGGGAGAUCAUAUUUUGAACAUGUUUGAUAAACGGAUCACUACUUUUUCUGAAGAAAAGUUCGCAAGAGAUGGUAUUGACGUGAAAACAGGAUCAAUGGUUACAAAAGUAACUGAUAGUGCCAUCUCUACUAAGGAAGUGAAAAGUGGGGAGGUUUCUUCUGUACCAUACGGGAUGGUUGUCUGGUCGACUGGAAUUGGGACUCACCCUGUCAUUAGGGAAUUUAUGAAUCAAAUCGGUCAGACUAAUAGGCGUGUUUUAGCAACUGAUGAAUGGCUUCGUGUUGAGGGAUGCGAAAGCACAUAUGCACUCGGUGAUUGUGCCACCAUAAAUCAGCGCAAAGUCAUGGUAUUUUCUACCUUUUAUUGGUGUUAUUUUAUUUAUUUUUAUUUUUCCAAAAAUAGGUUGCGGUUGCCCAAUGGAAAACUUGCUAAAUUGUUAAUUGAUGAGCAACUAAGUGACAAUUUUGUCUCCAAAUAUGUGGUGGAUGUGUUGUCAGAGAUCAAUCAGAUUAUUUUUGAGUUGGAGGAUAAUGCUUACCACAUGCAUCGAAAAUUUGAUCUUCAUGGAUUGGUUAAGUCAAAGAAAGUGAUACCCCCAGUACAACCACAAGUUGAACCAGAGGCAUCAACACAAGUAGAAGGCCGUCCUAUUGUGGAACAGGUGAUGACAACAGAAAGAGAAAAAAUUGUGGAUCAAGUAAUGAAGGACAUCAAUGCAGUGCCAGUUGUUCACCAUCAUGAAUUCGUUCUUCCCCAUGAUUUUUCGGACUUGAAUGCGCCUCCAAAGCUUCUCAUCAUGGAUUUUGUUCGCGAUGCAGACGACGAGCAAUUCACCCCCGUUCAUGGUAAAAAGUCUGUGAACGCAAGAAAUAAACAACAAAGUACUGGGUGUUUCCAAUUGGGCCGUGAAUGGUCUACUAAGAGCUUAAUUGCUUAUAGUACUUGUAACUGUGGACAAUCUGGCGCUCCACUAUUGUUCGAGAAGUUGGAUAUAGAUCUUGGUAACUGUGAUUUUAUGGUACAAAAAUUAAAGAUUCUUCUAUGGUACAAGCAUUUGGGGCAAUUCGCUCCCUUGGGAGGAGAACAAACGGCAGCCCAAUUGCCCGGAGAUUGGGUAUCAAUAGGUCACAGCAGCCAGUGGCUUUGGUACUCUGUGUAUGCCAGCAAGCAAGUUAGUUGGCGCACAAGGUCUUUGGUCAUAUCUGACUGGACGAGGCGAUUCAUUUUUGGGAGGGACUCGAGUCGCAUCUGAGGUGCAAACUUUGAAUGCUUAUAGACUACUUCCAAUUUCAUACUUGCUCUACACAUUGCUUCCACUACAUUGCUUCUGCUGAUGUUUAAUCCUUUUACCACUCUUUUUACGUUGGAGUAUGAAAAAUUCUAUCAAAUGCCAAGUUAUGUUUUCCUCUUCU